AUGGACGUCUCAGAUAUCCCAAGUAGCCAAGAGACAGUGGAAGAUCCUACUUUACCAGGCUCCCCUGCUGAAGGGGCUACUCUCAUCCUAACACCAGAAAACCCUGAGGCGCGACUGGCAUUUCAUGAAGUCGCCGAGUCGCUGCAAGUACAGACCCAAGAUCCUGCGACCCACGCGGUACAACAGCACACAACAAAAUGCAUGUGGAUCUCCUCAAAGCAACAGAAUGAUCAGGAAGUCAGACGAUUAUCUAGGACAGCAUCGGAAGACCUUUCAUCAUCGUCACCCAUUUCGUCGCCACGGGAUCCAAGAUCAUCAUUCCGCUCACAAGACGAAAGUGAAGAGGAGUUUAGAAUCUGGAAAGGCCACUAUUUCUUAUCCCUCGAUCAACCCCCUCGAAAUCCUUCAAGAGGGUGGGUGGUUGGGUCUUUGAGAGAUGGCCCUCAUAUGAACGAUAUCGUCCUUUGUUUACGGUCUGGCAACAACAAGAUAUACAAAGUUCGACGCAAUCAAGCCAUUCUCCAAAUUGACAAAACAAGCUUCGUAUAUGUGCAGCCAAUGACCGACAGAUCCACCACCAUGGUCAACGGGGAUAAGAUCUCUAGAAAGAGAGUUUUCAACCAGUCAUCUGCUCGGCUAGCCUUUGGCUCUCUCCGCUACCGCAUCCAGUACGCUCGAGGGUCCUAUGCCGACGACUACCCCAGCAGAGUCAAGGACUACUUAAAUAAAUACCUCAAUAUUCCCACAACUCUAUUGGAGCUAUCGCUGACACCAACACCAUCGGAAACCAGCCCCAUCACCAUUGGACAAUGGACCGUCAGUGCAGGAACUGUAGGCAAAGGAGCUUCCGGAAUGGUCAGCAUCGCGUCGAAUGACCAUGGCCAACGUGUUGCUUUAAAAAGAGUACAGGUUGGAAGAGACAGGGAGCGCAUACGGAAUGUUCAGAUAAAGCUGGAGACGCUCGCUGCAUUGUGUCAGAGGAAGAACGAAAACCGCUUGCUGCGACUUAUUGAAGUUAUCACAGAUGACGUGAGAUCAGCGAAUAGGAUAGCGGACGUUUGGUUUGUUCAAGAACCCGCUGCCCAGGAGGUGCUUUCCACCGCCCUUACCAGGGGACUCUUCAAGCAAGGUCAAGAAAGGAUAUCCAUCGUCACAACCGUUUUGGCAGACAUCCUCGGCGCCACAAACUUCCUCCACAGAAACCGCUGGAUACACGGAGAUCUCAAACCCGUCAACAUUGGCAUCCGAACCUGGACCACCGAAUGCAUAUCUCUAGUACUACUAGAUCUCGACGAUGCCGAGAAGAGCCCUUUUCCAGGUCGAUAUCACCCCGCCCGGCCCGGUACAGGCGGAACGAUCGGAUGGCUAGCUCCCGAGCGAGAGAUGACGGGAUACAACGAGCUGGCUGAUUUAUGGAGUAUCGGCGUCAUGGCCAUUGAGAUGAUCUGGGGACGACAUCCGUGGCGACAUGGUAAGAAUCCUUGGAGACCAGGCCCUGAAGCUAGUGAGUUGCAGAAAGAGUUCCAAGACAUGUAUGGUGAAACUGUCGAUGCCUUAAAUAAGCUUCAUGACGAGGCGUUGAGGGAUGCUGUUGUUGGCAUGGUGCGGCAUCCGUAUGCUGAGACAUCGGCACAACGGCAAUCAAGACUUACCGCGAAAGAGGGACUGAGGCUUCUGGGUCAUGCUGAAGAUGAUGAAAACGCUAGCAAGCGACAAAAACGGCCUUAA